GGGUGCCGGCUCCGGCGGCGGCUGCGGGUGUCGGUGGCGCCGCGUCUGCUCCCCGCCGCCCUCCGCUCGGCCUGAGGAACCUCGGCGCCCCCCGCCCCCCUCGACGUGCAAGGAGGGCAGGCGAUUCUGCACCAAUUGGUCAUCCAUGCCGAAUCAAGAGAGUGGUCAGCAUUCACGUCUCCUAGCAGGAAGCAACUAGAAGUGAGGCAGGGCCAGAACAGCGACUCCGGCAGGGAGACAAGGGGCAACCUCCUCCUGAGGGAUGGACCGCAUGACCGAGGACGCCCUGCGCCUGAACCUCUUGAAGCGGAGCCUGGACCAAGCCGACGAGCGGGAUGACGUCCUGGCCAAGCGGCUGAAGAUGGAAGGGCACGAGGCCAUGGAGCGCCUCAAGAUGCUGGCCCUGCUCAAGAGGAAGGACCUGGCGGGCAUCGAGGUGCCCCACGAGCUGCCCGUCAAGCAGGACGGCCUGAAGGUCUACGAGGAGAAGCUGAACGGCAACCUGAGGCCCCACGCGGACAGCCGGACCUCGGGGAGGCCGGGCAAGGAGAACAUCAACGACGAACCGGUGGAUAUGAGCGCCAAGAGGAGCAGUGACCAGGACAGAGGGCGACUAACCCCCUCGCCGGAUAUCAUCGUCCUUUCCGAUAACGAGGCCUCUAGUCCCCGCUCCAGUUCCCGCAUGGAAGAAAGGCUCAAAGCCGCCAACCUGGAAAUGUUCAAGGGCAAAGGCAUCGAGGAGAGGCAGCAACUCAUCAAGCAGCUCCGGGACGAGCUGAGGCUAGAGGAGGCCCGGCUGGUGCUGCUGAAGAAGCUACGGCAGAGCCAGCUGCAGAAAGAGAACGUGGUCCAAAAGACUCCAGUCGUCCAGAACGCAGCUUCCAUCGUCCAGCCGUCUCCUGCCCACGUCGGACAGCAGGCUCUGUCCAAACUCCCCUCCCGGCCUGGAACGCAGGGGGUCGAGCCCCAAAGCCUCCGGACAUUACAGGGUCACAGCGUCAUCCGGUCCGCCACCAACACGACUCUCCCGCACAUGCUGAUGUCGCAGCGCGUCAUCGCGCCAAACCCCGCCCAGCUCCAAGGGCAGCGCGUCCCCCCGAAGCCGGGCCUGAUCCGCACCACCACUCCGAGCAUGAGCCCCGCCAUCAGCUACCAGCCGCAGCCCAGCUCGGCCGUCCCCUGCCAGCGCACCACCUCCUCCGCCAUCUACAUGAACCUUGCCUCCCACAUCCAGCCGGGCGCGGUGAACCGGGUGUCCUCGCCGCUGCCCAGCCCCAGCGCGCUCAAUGACGCCGCCAACUCCCAGGCGGCCGCCAAGCUCGCCUUGCGCAAGCAACUGGAAAAGACCCUCCUGGAGAUCCCGCCCCCCAAGCCGCCCGCCCCCUUGCUCCACUUCCUGCCCAGCGCGGCCAACAGCGAGUUCAUCUACAUGGUGGGCCUGGAGGAGGUGGUGCAGAGUGUCAUCGACAGCCAAGGCAAGGGCUGCGCCUCCCUCUUGCGGGUGGAGCCCUUCAUCUGCGCCCAGUGCCGCACGGACUUCACCCCGCACUGGAAGCAGGAGAAGAACGGCAAGAUUCUGUGCGAGCAGUGCAUGACCUCCAACCAGAAGAAGGCCCUCAAGGCCGAGCACACCAACCGGCUGAAAAACGCCUUCGUCAAAGCGCUGCAGCAAGAGCAGGAGAUCGAGCAGCGGCUGCAGCAGCAGGCGGCCUUGUCCCCCACGGCCGCUCCCGCCGUGUCCAGCGUCAGCAAGCAGGAGAGCAUCAUGCGACACCACACGCUCCGCCAGGCACCCCAGCCCCAGAGCAGCCUGCAGCGCGGGAUCCCCACCUCGGCCCGCUCCAUGCUGUCCAACUUUGCGCAGGCCCCGCAGCUCUCCGUCGCGGGAGGCCUUCUCGGCAUGCCAGGUGUCAACAUCGCCUACCUGAACGCUGGGAUUGGGGGCCACAAAGCGUCGAGUCUGGCGGAUCGGCAACGGGAAUACCUUUUAGACAUGAUCCCGCCGCGCUCUAUAUCUCAGUCCAUCAGUGGGCAGAAAUAACGCCAGCUGCCCCCUCCCCGCCCCGCGACCCCCCCCCUCCGCCCCGCCCCGCCCCGUGUCCGUCGCAUGCAGUGCCUGUACUGGUGCCUACCAUUCGUGGAGGAAAAGGAAAAAAAAAACAGAAAAAGGAAAAAAAAACACAAAAACAAAGACGAGAACAUUUUGGAGCUCCAGCCGCCCACCCCCUCCGUGCCGUCUCUCCUCUCCUCGUCUGCGGAUCUCGUCAGCGGCAAGAGGCUCUGCUCCCUUCCCCGAGGUCAGAACGUGUCUGCUUGGAUCCUGCACUAUACACGUGUUAAUGCUUGUUUUACGCUCCUUAUUUUUUUAUUUUUGUUUGUUCCUUUGUUUUUCGUUUUGUAAUGACAGCGCAUAGAAUUUUUAAUUGUCGUGUUCUCAUUUUUAUUAAUAUUUUCUUUUUUUCCUUUCGCUUCAAUGGACGGUUAAGAAAACCUUUUUCUUUUUCUUUUUUUAAGACAAAAAAAAAUCUUUCUAGAGACUUUGAAAAAGAAAAAGGCUCCCCGCUUUUUAACUCCUCCUGAGGGCUGGCUGAGGCCGACUAGGGGCUUCCACAGGGGCGUGGAGGUGCCUGUUGUGGGGCGGGGCGGGGGGGGUGAGGCCACCCCCAUGGGUGUGGCUGACCCUCGGAAGGCCCUGUCCUGGCUGGAGAGGGCUCACUUUGGGGGGAGCAGGGCAACAGCCUGUGUGUCGUCCCCAACAUCCAGGGGCAUGGGGGUACCCCGGCUUUGUGGCUAUGUGUGUGGGCGUUCCAGUCAGGAGGGUGGCUUGCUAGUGCUGGAGGGGCCAUUCUGUUGAGUGGUCCCGCCCGAGAGCCGGCAGCAGCCCUGUGCCCCAGGGCGAGCGAUGGCGGAAGGGGGUCGGCAUUGCGGCCUUCCCCCCUCUGCUGUUGACCCUCCCUUAAAGACCCCCCGGCCCCGAUUCCCUACCAUCCUCCUGCCUAGCCCAAAGGGUGGGCUGUGGCCGGAAGGAGACCCGUCCCGGGCCGAGGGGGCUGUGUUUUUGCUCUCCCUUCUGCUCCCGUCACGCAGGCCACUUGCCGGCAGAGGGCGGCAUCUGCAGCAGACCGGGGUGAAGGCCGACCUCUGCCACCACCCCCUGCCCCGGGCUCAGCCUUCUGGGACGUGAACCCAUCCGUGGGGCCUCUGGCCACCUGCUCCAGAGCGACCGGGGAGCCCUUGAGAGGUCAGGGGAGAGGAGGAGAGGAGGAAGCACAAAGAGUCGGCUCCUGCGGAUGGAGGCCCCGGGGAGCGGAGGGGGAAUUGCUCACCCCUCUCCUGGGCCACUCCAGCCUUUCUGCCGUGGGCUUCCCCCGGUGCCGCCCCCUCCCACCUUUCCCCGCUGCUCCCUCCUGCCACUGCUGGCCACGGGACUUGAAGUGGGGGCGGGGAAGGCAGGAGGGCAGGCCUCCUCCCAGGGGACUCCCCUCCCUGCCUCGCGGUCUCCCUGCUCUACUGUGGCCUGGAGUUCCCUUCGGAACCCUCCCUGGCCCUCGGAUGAUCCCCCUUCCGGGCUCUCUGCUGUGUCUCCCCCUCCCCUCCAACCCGUGAGCACUUAACGAAUGAGGAGGCCGGGGGUGGGUGGGGGGCAGCGCUGGGGGGAGCAUCGGAUGCUCUGUGUGCUUGGCUGUCUCUGUGUGUGUGUGUGUGUAGAUAAGGUAAUAAAUAUUUGCUCACACACACACACAAACACACACACCCCAACGGCUCUCUUCUCAAAGGUGUUGUCUGUUUCUUGGAUUCCUGUGUCGCUUGUGGCUGCCCCCCGCCAUAGGCCUGGCCUCCUCUCGGGAUUUCCUCCUGGUGUCUUAAGCCCUCCUCUUCCUCCCCCCCCGCCCACCCUUCAGAGCCCCUUCCCCUCCUCGGUGUCUCCUUGCUUUUUCCUCCGCCUUGCUUGGACUUUGCUUUUAUGUGCUUCCUGCAACCUCCCGCCCCCCCACCAAAAAAAAAAACCCCAAGUGCCAUUUGUUCGUUCCCCGCUUUAAGAUGAAAUAAUGAGAAUAAUAAUAAUAAUUGAUGAUCAGGCAUUGCGAAGAGCUCCAAUGGCAUCCAUCAGUGUUGGCCAUGAUUAGUGUGUUGUUACAAAGGUGAUGGAGAAGAUGUGAAGAAAGUGCAAUACUUUGUCCUUUUGCUGUGAGGGCCCAGGAGGCAGACGCUCGGAAGGGGCGGGCAGUGGCAGACCCGACCCUGCAUUUUCGGAGGGGGGGUGAGGUUGGCCAGCAAGGCUCCGUCUCCCCCGUUCAGUGUGGAUUGAGUAAGCAGGGUGGAGGGACCCCCCCCCCAUCUGCACGAAGGAAUCCUGCCAGGUUGUCUGUGUCUCUCUGAUCCUCCACCCCACCGCCCGCUGGUGGUUUCAGAUCCAGACCCCACAAAUCCCUUCCCCACCUGCCCUGUGGACCCCCUUCUCCUCCCUGCUUUCCAAGGGACCAAGCGGCAAAGUGGCCCAGCCACGGAGUUGCUCGUCGGUUUGGGGAUGGUCUCUAGCGGCAGCCCCGAUUCUCUGGCCAUCAGUGGCCCUGCCCGGUGUGGUUUUCUGGCCUGGCCGUCCCAGGUGGGCCCAGCAGAAGGAGCUGAAUUCCAGGGCCACCACUGCAGCCGGGAGUUCCGCUGUCCUUCUUACCACUUUGAGUGUCUCGUGGGAGGAAGAGCAGAUCUGGGGAUGGGUCCUGCCGCCCCUUGGGGUGGUUUGCCAGAGCGGUGGCCUCGCCUUCCUCGGACCCUGCUCAGAGCCAUGCCCGCUAGUGCUUCUGCCAGGGCUUGGGACUUCCUCAGCCUGGGAAAGGGGUCAGUUGGCACCCCGCCUGCCCUGAAAUGCCAGCUCUGCCCGUGUCUGUCACAAGCCGUUCUCCUCUUCUGUUUGAAUUGCUCCUCACAACCGAUUCCCUUUUCUCUUGUUUCCCCCAAACUCAUCAGUAACUCUCUCUCCUUCCCACCUCGUCCCAUCCCGGCUGCAUUUUUGGCUGUGCUGUACAAAGUCAUCUCUCCCUGCCUUCCUUUUUUUCAUUUUAAGGUUAAAAAACUUAAGAAUUUCCUUCUCCAGCUUCCGUUCACCUUCCUUUUACAGCUUAAGUUGUAGGUGCUUUGUGGUUGAUGCUGUUUUGAUUUCUUUCCAUUUCUUCUGUGUUUCUUCCGCAAGGAACAGGUAAACCCCCCCGGUCAGCCCCCCCUCCAUACACCCCUCUCCCUUUUUUAUCUCCCUCCCUUCCUUUUUCGCUCCCUUUCCCCACAAACUCUUUUUAGCUUAACAAUAUUUGCUGCCGAGAUGUUAUAACAAGGACUCGUUCGUUGUAUAUAAGCUAUUUCUUGACACAUUUAAAGAAAAAGGAAAAAAGAGGAGGGGGGGGUGGGAGACGACAACAAACUGAAAUUGUACAUUUGUGUAGAGAAAACAAAACGACAAAAACCGAGAAAGACAGCUUAGCCAUGAAUAUUGUGAAAGUUGUUAGUGUGAACUUUUGUACAGUGUGAACUUUUGUGUGUAUGACAUUUAAAAUGUGCAAAAGGCGGUUUCUCGGGAGUGGGGGGGGGCGGGAGGAGGCUCUGGGGGGCCAUGCAGCUCAUGCCACACACCCCACACCCCGCUCCCCUCCCCUCCCCGCCCCCCCCAAGCUGAAAUGGAUGUGGUGGCAGCCACCAUUUCCCCCAACGGUGCCUUUCCUCCUCUUGUGUCAGGCCCAAGGAGUCCCUCCUGCGCAAAGCCAGCACGCUCACGACCCCCGAGCGGAGGCCGGAGGCCCGAGUCUUCCCUGCCCCACACCCCAGCCGCCUCCGCACGAGUUGGCGUCCCACGGAGGCGGCUCCUCCUGAUUCCUACGAGUGGGAGGAGCAAGUGUGAUGACUUAUUAUUGUUCGUGUCAAGCUCUUCAAUGUAUUUGCACUCUUUUUUCACGGUUGCUUCAGCUUUGGGACAAGAGGCCCUUGGGUCGGCGGCGUGCAGCACAAGGCUUCCUGAGAAGGGAAGAGAGGGGGGGGCCCUCUCCAGCCGGCAACUGGGCUCCCUGGGGUGAGGGGAGGUCUUCAGGGAGGGGCAGGCCCCCACUCCUGUCAGAUGCCGCGUUGGUUUCCUCCUUGUCCCCCUUGGGUGGCUGCUCCCGCUCCCCCCCUGCCUGCUUCGGGCCCCACCGCCAAAGGCUUGCGCCGUCCCUCGGACAUGUUUGAGCCUCCCCAAGACCUCCCUUGGGUCUGUUGGGGGGGUGUUUGGUUCUUCCUCCCCUCCCGACGCGCUUUCGGGAUUUGGUUUUGAAGGGUCUUGAAUGGUUGUUUCUAAGAGGCUCAAGCGUUGAGGGCAGCAUCCAGGUGACAGAAUUCCAGUAUUUGGGUGGACGGCGUUGGUUCUCGGUGUGGCUCUGCCGUGGGGAAGAGGGGCCACUGGACUUCACUGUGACGCCCGAGGGCUAAACCGAGAAGUCCAUGGCCCAUACGUACGUACGGUGGCGAACUGGAAGUGUGGAUGGACUGGGAGGGGUGGUUUCCAGUGAGCACGCCAUGCGUUUGAACUGGCCUUCCCGUUGGAAGGAAAGCUGGAAGAGGUUUGCUCCCAAGGACAAGCUCUGUUCCUCGGCAAGGAAAUGGGGACUUUGGCAUUGCUUGCCCCUCCAGGCUGGAGGCUGCAUGGAGCUGGCCCCAGGGGAAUGGCGAAGCCUGUUGAGGGGCGGCCUUAAAGGCGCCCAGCCCUGCCGACACUCCAGGAGUGGGCCCCCUCCCUAGCUUGGGGGGCUGGCCGUUCUAGAAGAGGGUCGGGUGGGGGCUUCCUUCGCCCCUUGCACAGCUGUUCUUGGUGCCUCUUUGCUGUUGGCUAUUAGUUGCCCGAUGUCCAGAAUUGGCCCAGAAUGCACUGCCCGCCCAAAGGCUUCUUAGCGGUCCUUCCAAAGGGCCUUGCCCUCCCUCCUCCGCCCUUCUCCUUUCCUAAAACCCGUUCCCUCUGGUGCAAAGCCUGGGGCAGCGUGCUAGCUUCCUCGCGAGCGCCGAUCUUGCGCUUCAGGUUUCUAGUCUUCAUGACCUGGACAGAGCCCUCCCCGCCCCUCGGGGCUGAAGUGCUUCGGUGCUGCCGGGCUGCUCGCUGCGUUCCUCGGAGCCUUCUGUUAACAUACCCCGGGGGGGGGGCCUCUUGGUGUCUCGAUGGGAAAGGAAGAGGGGUUCCGAGAGCCACUUGGUGUUAAAUGAGAUGGGGCUGCAAGAUGCCUGUGCCGAGGCGGGGGGCAUCCUGCUUUCUCUCUGGCCUGGAAGCAGCGGUGAGGCUGUGUGAGCCCCUCCCGGCCACGGCCUGCUAGGCUGAGCCUGCGCUUCGUGGUGGCUGGCCCUGGUCUGUGCAGGCCCGUCCAGAAGGCGCCGGGUCUUUCCAGCACCCAGACUGUGUGCGCCAGCCUGCCGUCGCAUCGGAGCUGUGCUUUGCGGCUGUGCGUGUGCGUCUUGCAUCUCCAGCCGCCCAGCCCCGCAUGGCCACGGCCGGAGAAGGCACUUAGUGUGGGGCCAGACCUGCCCCCCUACCCCCCCCAGUCUUAUGGCAACCCCUUUUAGUAGAAGGGGCACUGCAGGCACCACACCACCAUUGGGGCAGUCUCGGCCCUCCGUCCCCCAAAUGGCAUCGGGGUCUCUUCAUUGCAGGCCUGAGGCGGUUUAGACAAGGCUCCGUUUGAACCUCCACAUCCCCACCAGGACGAGCAAGGGGGCAGAGCUGGGUUGAUCCCCCCCCACCUUUUCUGUUUUUUUUUUAUUUUUACCCCUUCACAGCUGAAAUUUUGGAAAGGAAAGAGAGGCUGAAGUGGGAAACCAGACCUUUUGCACGAUUUUAAGAGGGCUUUCUUCUUUUUUCUUUUUUGCAUUGUGUUUUUGAAUCUGGUUUAAAAGGAGACUAAAAAAAAUUAAAAAGAGAAGCUGUUUAAAUAUUGCCAAUUGAUUAUGCAGUGACCUGAUUAAAAAAUAAGCUAAUUUUUGGAGAAAGGAUAAAAAAAAAACUUUGUAAUAUUUAUCACUUGCAAGCUAUGUUUAAUAAAGAAAGGAAUGGUUUAUA